AUGUCAUCUGAAUCUGUCAACAAAGACGCCAAAGCUGGAGGCAUCAGUCCAAAUGGCGAAACAAUCCCUGUUAUCAUCGCAGGAGCAGGUCCCGUCGGUUUACUGCUCGCUCUCCUCCUUGCUCGGAAAGGCAUAGCUUCCAAGGUGUUCGAAAGGGGCUCAGAGGUAGAUACCUCUCCUCGAGCGGCAGACGCAGGAAUUUAUGAUAUUGUUCGCGAACGUGGGUUUCAAUCGGGUGGCCAUGUCUGGCGUAAACCUAUCGUUGACGACGGCAAGGGCGGAAAAGCCUUGGGACCAGCGAUAGCGGAACUGAAGUUGGGUGAACCAGGACCGGACGGAUCGUAUAAGGACGGCGAAUGCUGUAUCAUCUUCACGCAGGGUCGCUUAGUUCAAGUGCUGCUAGAGGAAGCAGCAAAAACAGGCCUUGUCGAGAUUCUUUUUAGCACGCCUAUUACAGGAAUCGAGCAAGAUGAAAGUGGUGUCACUGUUCAGGUUGAGGCCUCCGGACAGCCUCAAUCAUUCAGGUCCCGUGGACAUUCAUGGCCUGAGAGGCUCAUUGCGGUAGAUGUGCUGCGCACGCUACCCAAGCUCGAAGAAACUCCGGCUUAUUUCGCAGUCGACAAGGUUCACUGGGGGGUGAUCAUACCACUUGAACCGAUUUUUCCGGGAAAACCUGGGCUGUGGCGCUAUGGAAUGGCUAUUCCUGAUGAAAAAAUGACCGCCGAAGAGGCGCAGGACCCUAAAUAUGUGGAAGAACUCCUCCUCCGUUACAUUGAUGGUCCACGGCCUGUUGAGCAUACUGUGGUUCGCAGCCGUUUGUAUCGACUACACCAGCUCUUGGCAAGUACCAUGCAUCGAGGCAGAGUCCUUCUCGCUGGCGAUGCAGCGCAUGUCAACAGCCCUGUUGGUGGCCUUGGAUUGUGUACAGGCUUACUGGAUGUUGACAUUCUCUCUCAAGCACUUGAUUUGAUCCUCAAUCAUGACUAUCACGAUCCGCAAGAUCUGCUGGCCGAAUACUCUGCAGCUCGACGAUUUGUCUUUCAAAAUUUCAUAAACCCCACCAGCACCGCCAAUAAGCUUCGCCUCCACGAAAGUGAUCCGGACAACGCCGCCCAGGAGGAUUGGUUCUUGCGGAUGGUACGGAAAGGUGAUCGACAGGAGAUAGCCAAUGCGCUCGCACCACUCCAGCGGAGGCACGAAAAUUGGAGUGUGGUUGAAAUACCCAAGGUACAUUAUUGGGAUAUGGUCGUUUAUUACUAUUCAGAUGCUGUGGCAGCGAUGGGUUAUCGGAGCACAGAAGAAGAUAGGGAACAGGCUGAGACCCGCAAUCGGCAGUCGGGUGAGGUUCGAAUAGAUGAGAACAGGUUCUGA